AUGGGCCAACAACAGUCAAAGAGCAGCGAUGGAACUAGAACUCCACUGAAGAGCGGCUCGUCCUCUAAUCUGCCGGAUACAUUACAGCAGUAUCCCUCCAUAUCCAAAUCCGACACGAGGGAGAGUUCCUCGCGAUCCAUCCGAUCGUCCAUUCGAAGCAAAAUAAAGAGCUCGGGAGAUGACAAGACCAACGACAGCCCCAGGGCGUCGGGCUCCACCCUUGCGGGGUCGGAAGUCCCAAACAACGACAAGGCUGACGCCAGUUCUAUUGCCAGUGGCCGUUCGGGCUCUUCUCGAGCCCCGAGAGAGAAGAUCACGACCAACCCUCUGGUAGAGUCUCCUACGUCGCCCAACGACGACGAUGAUGCUCCAUCACCAGGUGCCAACACUCCUGCAAGACCACCGUCACCAACCCAGUCCAAGUCUGUAGGCAAAGGUCACAAGUCGGUGGAUCGUGCUCAGAGGACCGGAGAGGUAGGCGCAGUCUCUGAGGAAGCUCCUCAUCAGGCUCAUGUCCAUUCAUCUACGCAAAAGGCGGGGGAUUCGAUCUUGGUCAAGCGGGAGAACCAGAUCAACCCGCGAGCCCCAGAGACCAAGGCCUCACUGCGGGCCAAACUGGCAGAGUUGCCAGGUGCUUCUCCAGGAGGUGGUAUGGGCAUGAGCGAAGUGAAUGACAUGGAUUUGGACGACAUGAUCUCUCGUCUCCUGGAUGCUGGUUACACCACCAAGGUAACGAAAGCUGUCUGCCUUAAGAACGCCGAGAUUACGGCAAUCUGCACCGCCGUACGGGAGGUGCUCCUCUCUCAGCCAGCACUGCUGGAGCUCACGGCACCGGUCAAAAUUGUGGGGGAUAUUCACGGCCAGUACAAUGACCUGAUCCGACUUUUCGAAAUGUGCGGAUUCCCCCCAAACGCAAACUAUCUUUUCCUGGGCGACUAUGUCGACCGGGGAAAACAGUCUCUUGAGACAAUUCUACUCUUGUUUUGCUACAAGUUGAAAUACCCAGAGAACUUUUUCAUCCUUCGAGGUAACCACGAGUGUGCUAACGUCACUCGAGUUUAUGGUUUUUACGACGAAUGCAAGCGAAGGUGCAACAUCAAGAUCUGGAAAACAUUCAUUGACACCUUCAACUGUCUGCCCAUUGCUGCGAUUGUGGCCGACAAGAUCUUCUGCGUCCAUGGCGGCCUGUCCCCGUCUCUGUCUCAUAUGGAUGAUAUCCGGCAGAUUGCACGACCGACAGACGUUCCUGAUUAUGGGCUGCUGAAUGAUCUGUUGUGGAGUGACCCAGCGGACAUGGAUCAGGAUUGGGAGUCAAACGAACGGGGCGUCAGUUAUUGCUUUGGCAAAAAGGUCAUCGUCGACUUCCUGGCACGCCACGACUUCGACCUGGUCUGCCGAGCUCACAUGGUUGUCGAAGAUGGUUAUGAAUUUUUCAAUGACCGCUUGCUCGUCACGGUCUUCUCUGCGCCGAAUUACUGUGGUGAGUUCGACAACUGGGGUGCUGUGAUGUCGGUGUCCAGCAAUUUGCUUUGCAGCUUCGAAUUGCUGAAGCCGCUGGAUUCGAGUGCGCUUAAGAGUCAUAUUAAGAAGGGUAGAAAUGCCCGCCAGAAUAUGCUCAACAGUCCGCCAGCACAAGUGUCGGCUCAGAGCUUUUAA